GGCGCUUUUUAAUCCAGAUGCGCACCCUACGUUCGGUAGGGUGCGCAUCUGGAUCCAGAGCUGACACAACCAAGAGGUGAAAGAAGACACACCACCCAGCAACAUGACUGCACCCAGCAACACCUACGAUGUUAUAGUGGUCGGCGCGGGCAUAUCAGGUUUGAGUGCUGCAAAGCUGUUGAAAGCCAGUGGGCUCGAUCCUGUAGUGUUGGAAGCCAGAGACCGGGUUGGUGGUCGUACCUUCACUGUGCAGAAUAAAGAGGCAAAGUGGGUUGAUCUAGGCGGUGCCUACAUUGGACCGACACAGAACCGCAUCCUCCGUCUGGCCAAAGAGUACGGCAUAAAGACCUACAAAGUCAACGAGCAGGAGAACUUGGUGCAUUAUGUUAAUGGAAAGUCGUACCCAUUCAAAGGCUCCUUGCCUCCCAUGUGGAACCCCAUCGCUUUGAUGGACUUCAACAACCUCUUUAGAACAAUGGAUAAGAUGGGCGAGGAGAUUCCCAGAGACGCUCCCUGGAGAGCUCCCCAUGCUGAGGAGUGGGACAAGAUGACCAUGCAGGAACUCUUUGAAAAACUCUGCUGGACCAGGUAACAUGUUCAAAAUGUUUCCCGUUUUGCUAGGUUAUAAGCUAAUGUUAGCGUGACCUCUGAACCCCACGAGGUGUCGGCUCUCUGGUUACUCUGGUACGUCAAACAGUGCGGAGGAAUAAUGAGGAUAUGCUCCACCACCAAUGGAGGACAGGAGAGGAAGUUUGUAGGGGGUUCGAAUCAGGUGAGUCAGUGCAUGGCGAGGGAGCUGGGAGACCGAGUGAAGCUGCAGUCUCCAGUCUACAGGAUCGACCAGACCGGAGACAUGGUUGUGGUGGAGACCGUGGACAAGCAGACCUACAAGGCCAAGUAUGUGAUCGUGGCCACACCACCUGCUUUGAAUCUGAAGAUGCACUUCAACCCUGAGCUGCCCCCACUGAGGAACCAGCUGAUCAACCGUGUUCCCAUGGGCUCUAUCAUAAAGUGCAUGGUCUACUACAGAGAGAACUUCUGGAGGAAAAAGGGUUACUGCGGCAGCAUGGUGAUAGAGGAGGAGGGCGCUCCCAUCGGCUUCACCCUGGAUGACACAAAGCCUGAUGGGACUGUACCUUGUAUUAUGGGAUUCAUCCUUGCCCACAAGUGCAGAAAGCUCUCAAGCCUGUCCAAGGAAGAAAGGUUGAGGAGGAUCUGUGAGAUCUACUCCAAAGUGCUGGGCACAGAUGAAGCUUUGCAUCCGGUGCACUAUGAGGAGAAGAACUGGUGUGAAGAGGAGUACUCUGGAGGCUGCUACACAGCCUAUUUCCCCCCAGGAAUCCUUACUCAGUUUGGCAGGUGA